GGUCAUCGCUGUGCGCUGAGGGAGAAGCGCGCGGCAGUAUUUGAACGGGUGUUGUUUUCGGCGCUGCUGCUCUGAGAGACUUUUUAUCACAGAAAACCGAGCAGACCGACACCAACAUGUCCACCAGGAAAGCGCCGCGAGCAGCGCUCAAAUCUCACAUGAGGAAGAAGCCCGAUAUCCGCGUGGGGAAGAACGCAGACCUAAUGGUCCAGCUGAAUCUGCUUCUCGUCUUACACCGAUUGGCAGAAGAAUCCAGAGUGAAGGCCUUUGAGGAGAAAACAGCCACUAUCAAAGUUCACCAUGUCCAAGCUGUUGCAAAGAAUCUGUUGAAGAGCACAAGAGGAUGAGACAGAAGAAGAUUGAGUAACCCCUUAUUUAAGAGUGCUGUUUGUACAAAGCAAGGGCCAUGUAAAUACAUUUUUAAUUAAUUUGUUCCGCUACUUUAAGUUGCACCUCUUGCUUACAGAUAUGCAAAUGCCCACCGAUAUAUCCUGUCUAGUCCCUGUAGGGAGGUAUUGCCAAGUGAGUAAGACUCUCUGGAGCAGAUAAACAUGAACCUAUUGACAGCAUGUCUAAUGUCAGGUGUGAGCUAGCGGGGUUUAAACCCCCAUCCUGAGGUGGGUUGACCAUUCAACACCAUGCCCUCAUUAAUGCUCUUGUUGCUGAAUACAAUCAAAUUCACACACCAAUCCUCAGAAAUCUAGUAGAAAGCCUUAUCUGAAUAUUAGAGAGUGAGUAAUGAAUUGUUUUAAACAGCAUUUAUUUUGAAAAAAAACAUUGAAUGAGCAUGUGUCCCAUUAAUAUUUUUUACUUAUUAUUUAAUCAUUUAAAAAUUGUCCCCCUUUGCUUCAGUAACAUUAUCUACUUUUCUUGAAAAGCUUUACACUACAUGCUGAAACAUUGCUGUGAGGAUUUAAUUGCAUUCAGCCUCAAGAAUUUUAAUGAGGGUCCGGUACUGAUGUGGGUUGAUUAGGACUAGUUCACAAAUACCCCUUCAAAUGAAUCUAAUGGAGCUCCAUCACUUCAGAGAAUGCAUUUUCAAUCAUACCGCUAAUGCUAAUGCUAAAACUAGUACUUUUACAACAUGGGUCUUGUUACCAUAUUCAAAACAUUUAUUCAGCACUACUUUAAUAGAACACUGCUCCUUACACUGUAAUAAGAGCACUGUAAAAUAAAGUGUUACUGAAGUUUGCUCCCAUGAGAGCCUGAAGCUGCAUAACGCUCCAGUCUUAAUGCUCCAAGUCUGGUACUCUGUGUUCUUCCCACCAGGCUCACCCCUCAAUGGACCCAACUGCACCAGACUUCCACAAGACCCCUUAUGUUCAAAAUGUACUUGUCUAAUUUUAUGUCUAGCCCCAACCUGUGAACAGUCCUGACUCCCAGCUGCAGUCAAUCACUGUUUGCUCUUUAUUAAUGCUGAUCUUUUGCUUUUGGUUGGUGUUGAGAAACAGUUGUGAAUAAGAUUGUUUGGAAUAUCUGCAACCACAUUUUCUUUUUUUCUCUUGAAUUUGCACAUUAUUUCUGUGUAAUAUCUGCUAAUAAAUGAAAUUUUACAACUUAA